UCACUAGUUUUCGACGCCAUGCUCGCCCACGCAUGCGCACAUUUAACCAUAGAUAAUCUAUGAUUCAACAUGCUGAAACAACCAUAGAAGUCACACCAUUCUUCACUGUACAGGGAGAGUGUGGUCCAAGAUGGCUGAAUCAUUGACAGAUGACGAGCUGGUGACUAUUGUAGACUCGUACAAGAGGAAGAAGCUCAAUCCCACGUCCUCGAAAACCGCGGAUGAUCGGGACCUCAGGGUCUAUGUGAACAGAAGUGUGAGCAUGGAGAGGAUCAAGUACAUAGGAUUCGACAUGGACUACACUCUUGUUGAGUACAAGUCUCCAGAGUACGAGAUGCUGUGUUUUGACAUGGUGGUCAAGAGACUCAUCUCCAUUGGCUAUCCUCCCGAAAUUGCUGGUUUGAAGUACGAUCCUACCUUUCCAUUGAGAGGACUAUUCUUUGACAAGCAGUAUGGAAAUCUCUUAAAGGCUGAUCAGUUUGGCAACAUUCUCUCCUGUUUCCACGGAUUCAAAUCACUCACUUCUGCGGAGAUUCGAAGGCAGUAUCCCAACAAGUAUGUUCAGCCCACAGACGAGAGAAGGAUCCACAUCCUCUACACUCUGUUUCAACUACCAGAAAUAUAUCUCCUCGCAGCUCUGGUUGACUUCUUUGAGAACAAGAAUCGAGGCUACACCAGGAUUGAACAAAGUCCAGACACCCACGGGGGAGUCCAGUGUGGAGAUGUACUCAUCACUUACCAAAUGAUAUGGUGGGAUGUGCGGACCUCUGUGGACUGGCUGCAUGUCUAUGGUGAUGUGAAAGAGAAGACGGUCAAGAACUUGGAGCGCUAUGUGGUAAAGGAUCCGAGACUUCCGUUGUGUAUCCACAAACUCAGGAGCAGUGGGAUGAAGACCUUCAUAGCUACCAACAGCGACUACAGAUAUACUCAGAAAAUCAUGACUCAUCUAUUUGACUAUCCGGAGGGACCAGACGGUGGCCCUCAUCGGAGGUGGAGGGAGUACUUUGAUCAUGUAAUAGUGGAUGCCAAGAAACCGCGUUUCUUUGAAGAAGGCUCCAUGCUACGAGAGGUUGACGAGGACACGGCAUCCCUGAAGCUGGGGGUGUUCACAGGAGCUCUGAAACCUGGUCAGGUCUACAGUGGCGGGUCCUCUGGCGCCUUUUGCAAGUACACUGGGGCCAAAGGAAAGGAAAUUCUCUAUGUGGGAGACCACAUCUUUGGCGAUGUUAUCAAGGCCAAGAAGGAGCAGGCCUGGAGGACAUUUCUGGUGCUGCCAGAACUAAAGAAAGAGGUGAAGGUGUGGGAGUCGACUCAGAGUUUGUUCCUGAGGCUCCAGAACCUGGCCUACAUCUUGGCUGAGGUGUACGGGAGUGGCUCAGGGCCCACUGACGGAGGUGUCAAACUCCCUGACAUGAACUCACUGAGGAGAGCCCUGAAGGUCACCUCACAGGAGAUGGAGGACAGCUAUCCCAGUAGACUGGGGAGUCUGCUCAGAUGUGGAUCUCGGCUGACACACUUUGCUAUCAUGGCCAAUCGGUUUGCAGACCUCUACAGCUCCUCCUGUGUCAACCUCAUGAGAUAUCCCUCCAACUACCUCUUUACUGCCCCACAUCAACUGGUAUGCAGAGCCAGCUGCCUUAGGGUGCAUAUUUUUUCAAAGUGUCCUAUAUAGCACACAAAAGUGUUGCACUGUACAUGAUUGCUGCUGUUGAGGUGUGGUGUCCUGUGUGUGCAGAUGGUACAUGAGACGAAUCCCUCAGACAGUCUACCCAUUUCCCCUGCACUUCCCGGUACACCUGGCCUGACUGGCAAGAGACCUCGCAUGCUCACCAAGCUCCCUCGGGGAAUGUCUAUUGUGGACCACGACGUGGACCUGGAGGACGACAACGGAAUCAGGAAGAGAAGCAGCCACGAUGAAGUCCCAUGACUCAACAAGAACCUCAUUGCAUGCUGUCGCUUUUUCAAACAAUUUCUUAUACGGCACCAUUGUAGGGUAAUCAACUAUUCAUUGAAUAGCAAACAGCAUGCAUACCGCCUCAAUUCACGUACGCUGCUUUAGCAUCAUUGUAUGUGUAAUCAACUAUUUUUGCAAACAUUGAAUAUCAUAAUGUGAAA